UAUAGGUGCAUAGUUCCAAUGGUGUCUUAGGCUCACAAUACGGUUCAGACUUAGUGUAGACAUCGUUUUAUGAAUGAUAUUGAAGAAGAACCCCUUCAGCGUCCUUGACUCAUCAUUGCGCUUCUGUAGGGUAAUAUGAUUUGUACGGGCUGUAAGCCGUCCCCGUUCCAAUUUCCAAAAAAAAAAAAAAAAGAAAAAAACAAUAAUUUUACCGAUGCUUGGUCACGUCUCAUAUAAGCAUCAGAAGCUUAUCUAUACCUCCAAGAACUCAUCCUCCAUUUUCACAGAGGAAGAGUUGUCAUUCGACUUUUCAACUGUUUUCGUAGUUUGUGAAGCUUCGUAGAACUUGUCGUGAGCGACUGUAUGACCCUCCUUUUCUAAUUUUUGCUCCAUUUCUUUCCAAAUGGCAGUACGCUUUUCCUUUGUCUCCUUUGUCGUGUCCUCAAUAUAAAGAGAAAUGUACUUUUUUAAGGAAGGAAAUUCCUACGAUCGUUAGUAAGAAUCAAGACUAGGGGAGGACCGGCGAAACAGGUUGUCUCGUACAACAAGGGCAUAAGUUAGAGCCCGCAUUUUAACAUGUCGUGCCGUGUCCAUUACAACCCACUUAGCAGCAUGUUCCAUACCUUAAUAUACUUCAAGUCAACUUCAUACUUGUGCCUCCGUAGAGUAAGUUCCUUGCGCUUUUCGGGGUCUGUCUCUGCGUCCAGUUGUUUCUGAACCUGUUUCAUUCGCUUGGAGGCCUUUUUGAAUUCUAAUUUGGAAAAGCGUCAGCAUAAUCACCACUCCCGUUUUCUCUGUAAACAGUGCAAGUUUCAGCAUACCAAUAAACCGAACUCUUCUGUAUUUGUCAAGAAGCUUAGCUUCUUUUAACUUCGUUUGGGUCGAAAUUAAUUGCUCCUUCAAACCAACAAUAGCACGUUCAUGUUCGACGCGAACAUUUGCAGGAAGAUUCUCCUAGACACCGGUAUUAGUUACAGUAAUUUAAAAACUAUUAAAUGUCGUCUUAAAUAGGACUCAAUUGCAUAAAGAAGGAAGACAAAUACUUCAACGUGUCCAGAAAAAUAAAAAAAAAAAUAGAAAAAAAAAACAAAAAAAAAACAAAAAACGAAACAAAAAAAAAGAAAAUAAAAAUACGCACCCUUUUUAACAGUCGUUCGCUAUCACGAAUCUUUUUCUUCAAAACAGCAAGUCCCGGACCUCUAACUUUCACCAUUUUGCUCGACAGUCAAUACAGCGACAGGCUCUUGGCAGUACUCGAUUCUUGGUGUUUAGGUGCAGGUGCUUUACACGUCUCCCUCUGCAAAACACUACACCAAAAAUUGUACCCUAACUGCAGGGAACUGUUAUUCCUGCAUUACCCUUCCCCUGUCGUCCCUAUUCGCCAGUAAGGCCAACUUGUCGUUGUCGUGUCAAUUCGCCGUAUCGUAGGCUGAAUUGACUUCAAUUGUAGCCUUUAGGAAUGUUAUUGCGUAGUAGAAAAGAAAGCUCUAUUUAUUACUGGGUUGACAAUGCUGCAGACGAAAUCCGACAAUAUUCGUUUCAAUUGCAUCCUACCUGGAAUUAUCACCUGUUAAAGACAUGGAGACCGUUUCGAGGAAUUCGUUGUAUUGAUGUAGCUCACAACGUAGGUUCUCACGAACUCAUUGCUGCUGGUUCGGCUUCUGGCGGAAUUGCACUUUUCUCAGCUGACAGUACGGAGAUUUUGGCCGAGAUGAAUAGUAAACAUUCUCGCCUUGCAAUAGUGUUGCAUUUUGUACCUCCAGAAAACUAGCUGCUGGUUUCGGCCGUUCAAAGAAUGAAGCCUCACUGAAGAUUUGGGAUGUAAAUAGUCUUUCAGAUGAUGCAGAAGUAAACCCUUAUCUAGAAACAACCGUUUUUGAAGGUGUUGCUUCACUUUCGUAUCUCGCAAAAGACGAGACAUUGUUGGUUGGAUCCAAUUCCCGCAGUUUACACCUUGUGGACUUGCGUCAGGGUUUGGAACCCACUGCUUCCUUUACCACUCUGUAUUACAAUCACAUCACGCGGGAUCCUUUUGCUGACCAUUACUUUACUGCUUGUUCUUACGAUGGUCACAUCGGCGUCUUUGAUAAACGGUAUCUUUCCCGUCAGGAUGGACUUCAAUUGGUGCUCAGCACCUUCAACUCAACCAAACGAGGCACUCUGACAGACAUUCGGUAUUCAAGACGCACAUCUGGAAAAUUUGCUACGCUGACGGAUUCUGCCCUGCGAGUGUGGCAGACGGCGCCUUACUAUUUGGGUGAGGAUGCUAGCAAUAUGGGUGGUCCGAGUGAGACAAUAUCUGUCAUUCAACAACGAACAGUAGCUGAAAGCAGUGAGCAGGAAAUUCAAGCCUUUGAUUUUAUUUCUCAUCCGAAUGCCAGCUCUCUUUGCGAACAGCUUGUCGGUAUGAUAGAUGGAAAACCUGCGUUGCUUGAACCACUAACGCAUCCGCCGGCAAUGACUUUUGGUGCGAACAAUGCGUUCUCUGCGGCCUUUGAUCAUUAUGUUGUUAUGUACUCUUCCGAAAACGAUAAUACGUCGCCAGAAAAACCCCUUGAUGGAACGGAAAGCGUUAGCGAAAACUCAAUAAUGUCUACAAGUAUCGCACAUGGAGCCGAUUAUAACACCUUUGGCUCUUUUGAGUCUCAUGCUGACAAUUGUCUUCCUGUUAACAAAAUUUUACGAACUGACGUACUCAUGGCCAUCAAAAAACGGGUACUCAGCAACUAUGAAUUUGAUUGUGCUCAUAAUGCCGCCCUGGUGAAUGAUCAUUUCCUAAAAGAUGUUUGGAAUUGGAUUGGCUUGUGUCAUGAACGUCAGAAAAAUGAGCCGCUUUAUAACGAGUUGCCAGUCGAUUUUGCUUUUCAAGGAGUUCUUGGUCUGUGGUUUAUGAGUACUGGCUUUAGUCAUUUUCUUGAUGUGCUAGAAUACAAACCAAGCCGAGCAACUCAACAAAUGUAUCUUAAAUCCGCCAGUGCCCUUGUGUCCAAACUUGGCCGCGAUGUCUACACAGCCAAAAACACAAAUAAACCACUCCGUCAGUUGGGCAUGAUUAUAUGUGGAGUUGACUGUUCAAUUCAAGAACUGGACAGUCGGCUAGAGCAACUUGUUCAUUCAAAUCAAAUUAUAGAUGCUGUUGGUUUGGCACUGUUUCAUGGCAGAAUUGAAAGUGUUGUUCGCGUUCUCUCUGCCGGAAACGAUCAGGAACGCAUGCUUUCUACAGCCGUCGCCGGAUACAUCACUGCUCAAGGACUAACCCAUUCGGGAAGCGACUCACUCUGGAAAGAAAUGUGUCGGAAUCUCAGCACUGAAUUGGAAGAGCCGUAUCUGCGAGCGGUGUUUGCGUACAUUGGUAAUUCUGAUUGGCGUGAUGUUUUGGAUGAACUCUCGCUACCUUUACGUGAUCGAUUGGGUGUCGCAUUACGUUUCCUCCCCGACGAAGACUUGAGCAAAUAUUUGGAAGACUUAUGCCGUAAUGUUGUUACAACCGGUGACCCGGAAGGACUUUUAUUGACUGGGUUGACUCCACUCGGUAUUGAUUUACUUCAAAACUAUGUGAAUCAGACAUCGGAUAUACAAACAUCGGCGUUGAUUUCUUCGUUUGUUGUUCCCUUAAAGUUCACCGACGAACGUGCAGAUUGCUGGAUUAGCUCCUAUCGUAAUCUAUUAAAUCAAUGGCAACUAUUUCAUAAGCGUGCCUUUUUCGACAUUGGACGAAAUGAACUUUCCAAAAACCGGAAGGGCGAAAUCACUCUUCGACGAAUUGUGCAACCAUUUUAUGUGCGCUGCAAUUACUGCAAAAAGAGUUUCUCAUUUUCCGCAGCCGAGAAACAAGCUGCAGUUUUGUCCAAAGGAGGGAGAAAAUUUGUUGAUACAUCAAAGAGAAGCGCUUGUCCUCGUUGCCAUCAGCAGCUGCCUGUGUGUUGCGUAUGUGGAUUAUCUUUAGGCAUGUCUAUUACAAACAACGAUUCUCGAAGAAAAUCCGUAGUCUACGGAAUUUCGUCUUCAACAGCGCAUUGUGAUGAAUGGCUAAGUUUUUGCUUAAGUUGCGGUCAUGGUAUGCAUGCUGUCCAUGCCAAAGAAUGGUUUUCCCGUCAUCAUGUGUGCCCCAUGGCUACGUGUAAUUGUCGCUGUACUCAUUCAUAAAAGCCAAAGCGUGUCUUCAUGGCAUUAACUCUCUUUUAACCUCAUUUCCAAUUCGAAUACUUCAGUUCUCCCUUUAUUCACUUCUUUUUGUCUCCCUUCAAGUGUUAUUGUUCUCCGCUAAAUAAUUAUGAUAACCAUAAACGAAUAGAACGAACAUGCAAUAUUUAAUAUAUAAUAUCUGUCGAAUGCACGAUUGUAUAUUCAGUAAAGCAUUCUUUCCUCUUC